AUGAGGCCGGCGGCGAACGUAGCAGCACAGUUGGGAGACACGACGCAGACGAAGGUGUUUGUCGGUGGGCUGGCAUGGGAGACUCAUAAGGACACCAUGAGCAACUACUUUCAACAGUUUGGUGAGAUCCUCGAGGCCGUUGUCAUCACCGACAAAGCCACCGGAAGAUCUAAAGGCUAUGGCUUUGUAACUUUCCGGGAAGCAGAUGCAGCUAUGAGAGCUUGUAUUGAUCCUACUCCAGUGAUUGAUGGGAGGAGGGCUAAUUGCAAUCUUGCUUCAUUGGGUGUUCAAAGAUCCAAACCUUCUACUCCCAAGAAUGGAGGAGGAGGAGGGAGGAACAUAAGGGUGAUAGGAGGUUUUCAUCAUCAGGCGGCAAUUGGAGCAGCUUUUACUUCAGCUGCAACCUUCCCCCACUACUCCAUUCAACAAGGCAUUCCUUACAAUCUUUAUGGGUACUCUCCGUACUCUGCUGACUAUGCUUAUCCCACGAGCUACUAUGGGUUGUAUGGAGGAACAAGCACACAAUAUCAGUUGUAUGGAUCUGGGAACAAUGGACUUGUCACAGGCAGUUCUGCAUCCGCUUAUUACAACCCCUAUCUCAGCUUCAAUGAGGGGACGAUUGGAGGAGCAACAGGCUACUCCUCAGCCGGACAGGGUGGCAGCGGUGGUGCUUAUGGUGUUCACUAUCCCCACCAACACCAACACCUCUUCCAGUAUUCACCAAUCAACUCGACUGCCAUUUUCCCCUCACAUUAUGGCACCCCUGUUUCUCUUGCCCCCCCAAAUCCUCUUCAAUCAGGCAUGACCAUGACUCUGCCGACACCUAUACCCCAUCGUUAG